AUGAAGUCUCUGUUACUACUCUCCGCGAUAGUGACGAUUAUUGCGGCCCAGAGAGACUACACCACGCCGGUGCCCAUUCUGAAGCAGAUCAACAGACACAACGAGGAUGGCAGCUACAGCUAUGGUUAUGAGGCGGCGGAUGGUACGUUUAAGAUCGAGACCAAGUACCCGAACGGUGAGGUGCAGGGCAAGUACGGCUACGUGGAUGACGGUGGCAAGCUGCGCGAAAUUGAGUACGGUGCGAGCAAUCGCGGUUUCGAGCCUCAGGGUACGGACAUCAACGUGCCACCGCCAACGUUGAGCAACAGCAACUAUCCGCCGCUUGGUCCGAACGAGGAAGAUGACGGCCAAUACCGGGAGGAUCCGAGCAUCUACUACAAGGACUCGCGUUACAACUCGAAACCGGCGCCGUACAAUCCGCGACCGGCACCGGUAGCGUACAAUCCGGCACCGCAGCAGUACUACCGGAAUACGGCCGCCCCGGAAGCCGCUCCGGCCACCUACCAGCCGCAGCCACAGCACCGGUUCCAGCCCCAGCCACAGCAGCAGUACUAUCAGCCGGCGGCACCAGUGCCGCAGCAGCGUGCCGACUACUGGCACCCGAACGCGAAGGUGGACAUCAACACCGGCUCGUACUCGCUCAGCUACACCGGCAGAUAG